AUGAGCUACGAAGCUGAUAGCUAUGACCAGCGCGACUCGGGUCGUGAUCGUUCCCCCCGUCGUCGAUCCCGCUCACCGCGUCGUUCCCGUCGCUCCUACUCACCUCGCAGCCGGUCGCGAAGCCGGGACGACUAUCGCCGCAGUGACCGACGUUCGCGUUCGCCUGUGAGCGGUGCCCAGGGCACGGGAGGUUAUCAGUCGUACGGAGCUGGUCGUGGAAGUUCAUCGCGCGCCGACGGUGCAAAGGAGAGCGGCAUGCAGAGCGUCAGGGAAAACUCCCAACAGGACCGACGUGUCUAUGUUGGCAACUUGUCCUACGAUGUGAAGUGGCAUCACCUGAAGGAUUUCAUGAGACAGGCCGGUGAGGUCCUCUUCGCGGACGUGCUGCUACUUCCGAACGGAAUGUCAAAGGGCUGUGGCAUCGUGGAAUAUGCAACUCGGGAGCAGGCGCAGAACGCCGUGGCGACGCUCAGCAACCAGAAUUUGAUGGGCCGACUGGUCUAUGUCCGCGAAGAUCGAGAGGCGGAGCCUCGAUUCAGCACGCCGGGUGCCUCGCGCGGAGGUUUUGACGGCGGUAUGAUGCGUGGCGGAUACGGAGGGCCUGGUAUGGGUUAUGGUGGUCCCCAAGGAGGCGGCAGCCGGCAGGUCUAUGUCGCUAACCUUCCGUUCAACGUGGGUUGGCAAGAUCUCAAGGACCUCUUCCGCCAAGCAGCGCAACAUGGCUCUGUCCUUCGUGCCGAUGUCCAUGUCGCUCCCGAUGGUCGUCCCAAGGGUUCCGGCAUCGUCGCUUUCGAGUCCCCUGAAGACGCCCGCAAUGCCAUCCAACAAUUCAACGGUUAUGAUUGGCAAGGCCGCACCCUCGAAGUUCGUGAGGACCGUUUCGCCGGCGCACCCGGUGGCUUCGGUGGCCGCGGAGGUUUUGGUGGCCGCGGGGGCUUCGGAGGAGGGUUUGCCGGUCGUGGUGGCUUCGGGGGACGUGGUGGCUAUGGAGGCUUCGGCGGUCGCGGCGGUUAUGGAGGUGGAAUGGGUGGCUAUGGGGGCGGCUUCGACGCCGGUGCCGGGGUCUCCAACCCGCCAAACCCCUUCACGGACUUUGCCACUUCUGGUGGAGAGCCUAGCCAGACAAUCUACGUUCGCAACCUUCCCUGGUCGACUAGCAAUGAGGACCUGGUCGAGCUGUUCACGACUAUUGGCAAAGUCGAACGUGCCGAGAUCCAGUAUGAACCCAAUGGACGCUCCCGCGGGACCGGCGUCGUUGAGUUCGAGAAGCAAUCGGAUGCUGAAACCGCUAUUGCCAAGUUCACGGGCUACCAGUAUGGCGGCCGUCCCUUGGGCCUGAGUUUCGUCAAGUACACCAACCAAGGCGGUGGAGAUGCGAUGGAAGGUACCGAGGCGACUGGCGGUCUCACGCAAGAUCAGAUUAUGUGAGGGGUGGGCAGUUCGGGCGUGUUCGAUACAUGUUUAGGUUUGCAUUUCCCACAUGUCGGAUGCAUUUGAUUGGGACUCACCGUCCUCUUCAAUUUGUCUAAGGCGGUUUGGCUGACACGGUUCAUCUCAGACAACUGAGGUCAAAAGAGAUUCCAGACUGUGA